CAAGCGGCCGCACCCAGGCUGUCACCCCCGCUCCAGACCGUCCCCCCCGCGGUGGUCCCGCCCAGCAGCCGCUUCUCCUCAGCGCCGUCCGGUGCUUCUGCCCGGUGCUUCUGCCCGGCGCUUCCGCCCGGCACGCAGCGGCGGCGGACUGUGGGCGGAAGGAACGCAGCAGAGCGGGCGGUGGUAGAGGCCGAGGCCUGAGGCAGGGUCUCGGCGGCGAGCAGCGGGGCAGGCCCGGCCCGGCCACCGUGAGGACCGAGGGCCAAGGACGCUGCCUUCGUGAGGCCGUCACUGUGGCCGCUUCCUCCGCCAGCCAUGUCGGCCUUCCCGAGGAGCUAUAACCCCUUUGCUGAGGAAGAGGAGGAAGAGACGACGGCCGUGCGCGGUGGGGAGGCGGUCGGCGGCGGCGGUCGGCAGCUGUACCUGCAGCAGGAGGUGCUGCGCCGCUCCGCCGCCGCCGCCGACAGCACCACCCGAUCCCUCUCGCUCCUCUACGAGUCGGAGCGGGUCGGGGUGGCCGCCUCUGAGGAGCUUGUACGCCAAGGGGAGGCCCUGAAGCGCACAGAACACAUGGUGGAUAAAAUGGACCAGGACUUGAAGACCAGUCAAAGGCACAUAAAUAGCAUUAAAAGCGUUUGGGGGGGCUUGGUGAACUACUUCAAAGCCAAACCUCCAGAGAGCAAGCCAGAGCAAAAUGGAACCUCUGAAUAUUAUACUAACAGUAGAUUAAAAGAAGCAAUGAUGUCUAGUAAAGAACAAGAGUCAAAAUACCAGGAGAGUCAUCCAAAUUUAAGGAAGCUGGAUAAUUCAGACAGUGAUUUCAGCAAAGCAGAUUUAGUUUCUUCAGUGCAAAGGGAUUCCUAUCCAAAGAACCAACACCUGCGAGCUUACCACCAGAAAAUUGAUAACAACUUAGAUGAGAUGUCUUCUGGGUUGAGUCGCCUGAAAAACCUAGCUCUUGGUCUGCAAACAGAAAUAGACGAGCAAGAUGAUAUGCUGGAUCGCCUAACAAAAAAAGUAGAGACACUGGACAUCAAUAUUAAAAGCACUGAUAAAAAAGUCCGACAACUCUAAAGAAUUUUUAGAAAUUUUUUUAUCGUGCGUCAAUUCUUCUUGGAUACCUUAUCUCAACUAUUCUCUUAAAAAAAAAAAUCUUGGACAGUAUCUGUUUCUCUUUUUUCUGUUAUGUUAUCAAUUUUGUUGUCAUUAAAAUUGCAUAAUCUUAAAUGCAGCAUAAUACCUUAAAUUCCUUCUUACAGUACGUGGGAAAAGUGCACGUUGAGUGAAAUCCCUCAGCGCUUGGUAAGUGCUUUUGUGCUGGGUACCCUGCUCAAUUGUAUGACUGUGUGUCGUGUGUGUGCAGGAAUUUGCCAUCUACAAAGCUUCAGUGUCCUUGGCCCAGGAGCUGUGAUGAGAAAAGUAACUGUGUUUUGCCUCUGCUUUGGAGAGGGGACAAGGGAACAGAAUGUGCUGCUUUGUUUAGAACAAAUGUCUCUAAUUCUGUUUACCUAAAGCUAUUUUAAAUUUAAAAAAAAAUGCUGAAUUUCAGCUGUAAAAAUAAUUCAAAGUGACUGUUCUCUGGCAUUUCUGGGCUUAAGGAACGAGCUGUUCUGCGGAAGUUGUAAAGUAUCGCAGAUGUCAUGCAGUAAUGAUAAUAUUCUGUGCGUGUUCCCUUUCCUACGAUGACUUUUGCCAAAUGGUGGAACCAUGAACUGUGGUUCUGCAAUUUGGGUCAGUAAAUGCUAUCACCUUUAUUUUCAGUAAAGAUCUCUAAGGGCAUCUUACGUUCUGCAAGAAAUACUGAUUGACAGUGACUGAAAAAGCUUGGGUAACAAAAUUAGGAUUUAAGCAUGUGCUCUUAGAGAUUCUUUUGUAGAAAUUGUCACCAUCUGUUGUUUUUAUUGUCUGCUCUUUCUCAGCUUAUUCAGUUAGGUGGUUAUUUGAAAAAUAGCUCCCAUGUAAUGGUCUGAUAUUGCACAGAUUAUAUAAAGAUCAUUCUUUAUUGUAACAUUUCAAAUGUGGUUAACGAUUGAACAGAUGCUGUGUUUUCCUAGGUAAUAUGACUGUUUUUAAGAAACUCAGCGAUGGUUCACAUAUUUCUGCGUAGGCUUAGCAGGUAUGAAAAGUUCCUGCAAAUGAAGAGAAGCUCAGAAACAUUUUUGAGUCUUCCAGAUACGAGUUGAGCCUUCCAAUUUGUUUUAUUCUGUUGUAAGUAUCACUGUAGAUAAAAUAAUUCAGUUCCAGCCUGAAGACAUUACAAUGAGAACUUGCUGUCUGUCUUGGAAACAAGUAAGUUAUUUCAGUUUGGAGGGGUCAAGGGACCUGUGUCAGUGUUGCAACAAUCACUGUCACAAAUAACAGCAAGUGCCUAAAAAGAGUUACAUUUUUGAGCUGAUGCCACUUUAUCUUAUGAAUGAAAGGAAGACCUUGGUGUUUAGGGCUAUCAAGCUUGUAUCCUUCAUGAACAUCACAUUCAUGCCCUCCCCUUUUUUUCCAAGGGAUUUGUUACCUUGAGCUUACUUGCUACAAAGUCCACCGAAUUGUUAAGGAGGUAAAAGAGAACUUGAGCCUUUCCUCUUUAACUGUGUUUCCUGAAAGUUCACAUGUAAAAAAAUAAAUCACUAAAAAAUCUAUGCAUCUUGGACAUAGUAUUAUAGAGAAAAAAUAUUUCUGGGAUUACUACUGAAAUAGAAUUAAUUUAAGGUGAGCCGUUGUUUCCCCUUAUGUGACUUAGCCUUUGUUUCCCCUUUUGUUGGGAUAUCAUUGAUUUCAGUUCCUAAAUAAAGUGUUUUGCAGGGACAUAAAACUUCAAGAGCUAUUGAGUACCUCUAAUUGCUUUUUAAUCUUCAGUUUGUGUCACUUAUGCUCAUUUAGAACCAUAAGAGCCUUAUUAAUAUCAAUGUAUCCUCGUAACAUCAAUGUAUUAUCUAACUUUUUGGGUACAUACUGUGACUAAUUCUCUCUUACUGUUAGAAUAUUUAUGAAUUAUAUGAUUUGAUGUCUCAAGGUGGCUGAUACAUUUAUUUAUUAAAUGAUACAAUCAUUAGUUUUCAAAGUGUUAAGUACCUCAAUGAAGGAAAAUUGAAAUUUUAAUUAUACCACAUUUAGUUUCUUAUUUGACUUUCUCCUUUUAAUAAAAAGGGUGAAAAGGCUUGUAUUUUUUUCUAUCCCAAUGCUGGCUAACAGAAACACUUUCAUCUUAGGAUGUAUAAAUUCUCUCCAGAAUACCAAAAUUGCAUCGUAAUUAAUAACACUUAUUUUAGUCUGAAGUCUUCUUUUACCUCUAUGCAACUAUUUCACAACAACGUUUUUUCCAAAGUAAGGCUCUGGUAAUUAGGAUGUGUGCUGAGGCUUUCACCACUAACUUAUGGCUAAUGGAGGAAAAUGUAGCUGGAAGAUCUAAUUGUGUGAUAUGUAAUAAGAAAUGUGAAGCUUGAAUGUGAACAAAAAUUUUUGUUGGCUUAAGCAUGAAGUCUAUUGCCUUUCUGAUGUAAGUUAUUCCUUUUUUUUUUUUUUUUUUUGCCUAAACUAUUUCAGAAAGCAAACUUAAGUUUUUGGUUGACUGUUUAGUUAGAUUAGCCUAAUGGAAAGUUUACCGCGUCCUGAAUAUCUUUGAUGCCUUUAAAAACACAGGCAGGGAAGGGGAAUUUAAAAAAAAAAUAAAUCACUGUUUCUGCUUUGAGAACCUCGUGAUUCAGGCAGACUAGAAAACCAGGAUCUCAGCCAUGUGGAAGUUAUACAGAGAUCUGACUUAUCUUUUCUAACAGUGCUGUUCACUGUCUCAGUAACGCGCGUCUUUGUUUGCAUAGGCUUUCCUGCUCUAUGUAUUAUUUUUGGUUUGGUUUUUUUAAUGGCCUUGUUUUAAAGGAUUAUUUCCCACAUCGGAUUUCUUGGGGGUGGAAGGAGGGGAGAAGAUCAUGCAUGGGUAUGAAUGAAUUUCUGCUACAAACUGAAUUCCAUUUCUCAGCUUUCAUACAGAUGCUUUAUACUGAUAACUUAAGUCCAACUGACAUGAGGACACAACAUGAUUUUGUAAGAGUGGUGAAAUUUUUUUGCGUGUUAGGAUAACUUUCCAUCCCGCAGAAAGGGGAAAUUUAAAGGCAAAAAAAACCACACAUGAUUUUUGCCUUUCCAGGAAAUGUCAUUUUGUACGUGUUAUGAAAGACUUACUUCAGUAGCUUUUCUUACUAUGUCCUGAGCUAGAGUUUUAUUUCUUCUUUGAAACUGGUGAAAAACUUACCUUAUGUAGGGUGUAGGACUUUCAGAAGAAAUGUAAUUUACACUCAAGCACUACUUUGAUAAGUUAAAUGAUUUUGCAUAAAUACUCAUGUUGGCAUAGAAAUUGGUGUCCUUGCAGCAAAAUAGUUCUAGUUAACUAAUUUUAUUCCUGUUGGCUUGAGUAGAAGUUUAAUUAAAAAAAAGUUCUCUUUCUAGAAGGUGAUUUUCUUGCUUCUCAAAAAGUUUGCUAAUAAAUUUUGAAGAAGUUUUAAACACUGGGAAAUAACACACCCUUCAUAACAUAGAUAUGAGAAGGCAUACUCUAAAAGCAGCAAGGGAAAAAACAAAAGUGGGAAUAACCAGUGUCUGAUUACUAGAUUCCUAGGUGUACUUGAUUUUUAAAUUUCCUGAGCAUUGAAUUAAAUAUCUGUAACAAGUGAUGCAUAGCUGGAUUUUAGGCUGUACUGCAAAGAUUUGUUGCUGUGCUGAACACUCUUGGCUUACUGAAAUUGUUGGGACACUAUAUGGUGUCAGGGAUUUUUGUUAAUGUGUGAAAUUUAUCUGAAAUAUUUUGCUGCCUCAUAGUUUUUGUGAAGUGUGAUGUAACUUGUUAUAUCGUGAAAUAGAAUAUACUUUCCAACCACUCAGCCUUCUGAACAAACAGAUUUUUGUAGGCAUUUUUAUAAGCAUAACAUAUGGAUGUUAUGUGUUAAUUUUGAAUUUGAAAUAUAUGGGACUUAAUUUUCAAAAUCACAGGUAGCGAUUAUCUUUGUCUACGGCUUUUUAAGUGGUACUUUAAUUGUGUGCCACUCUGGUAUAACAUUUUUUAUACAAGUCAAAUGGAAAUAUCUAUCUCUUGUUUAAAUGCUAAACUGGACUAUAGUUCAGAAGUUUAGGACAUUGAAUGAAAUUAAUGUUGAAUGGUAAGACGGUCAAUAAAGGUGCUUAUUGUUAAUGGA